UGAAAAAGAAGCUGAAUUUGUCUCCUCUCUGGAUUUAUUCUCUUUCUUCCCACUUUUUUUUUUGUUGUUGUUGUUGAUGUAAACGAUUAUAUUGAUGAAUCGAUAAUCGAUCGGCAGCUGCAGCAGAAGAAGAAAAAAAAGUGGAUUAAUUUGAAUUUAUCGCACAGUGAUCGCGGGUUAAAAUGCGGAGAAGUUGUUUGCGUGCAUGAAGCAGAAGAAGAAGGAUGAGGAUCAAAUCCAGCGGAAACUGAUCAAACUGCGGAUCGAUCGAUGAAACAUGAUUAUCGGUGUUUGCAGCUGAGAGAGAAAAAGCAGCGGAGAUGUACGAGGAGAGCCGCAAAAGUACUGGUCGUAAUGGCUAUACCAAUGCUGUGGACGGAGAGGAGGGAGGAGGGGAGGGUGAGGAAGAGGAGGAGGGAGGAGAGGGGGAUGGAGGAGGAGGAGAAGAAGGAGGAGGAGAGGAGAGGGACGCAGAGUGGGAUGAGGAGCUGGAUGGAGAGGACAGGGGAGGAGUGAGGAUGACGAGAACUGACACGCUGCACUCGACCACCAGUUCAACUGGAACACAGAGGAGGAGAGGACAACAUGCUAAGAAACAGGUCCAAGGCAGUAAUCAGGUGCAGCGAGCUCCCAGAGCGUUAUUCUGUCUGAAACUUAACAAUCCAAUCAGAAGAGCCGCGCUCUCUAUCGUCGAGUGGAAACCUUUUGAUAUCUUCAUCCUGUUAGCCAUCUUUGCCAACUGUGUCGCUCUGGGAGUUUCCAAACCGUUUCCUGAGGACGACUCCAACUCCACCAAUCAUGACCUGGAACAAGUGGAGUACGUGUUCCUCAUCAUCUUCACCGUGGAAACCUUCCUGAAGAUCCUGGCUUACGGCCUGGUGAUGCACCCCAGCUCCUACAUCCGCAACGGCUGGAACUUGCUUGACUUCGUCAUUGUCAUUGUCGGGUUGUUCAGUGUCGUCUUGGAGACGAUGACUCAUAAGUCUGGAGAACAGGCGACCACUCAUCACAUGCCGGGGAAACCUGGAGGUCUGGACGUCAAAGCUCUGAGAGCCUUCAGAGUCCUGAGACCCCUCCGACUGGUCUCUGGAGUUCCCAGUCUGCAGAUCGUGUUGAACUCCAUCAUGAAGGCGAUGGUUCCUCUGCUCCACAUUGCUCUGCUGGUUCUCUUUGUCAUCAUCAUCUACGCCAUCAUCGGUCUGGAGCUCUUCAUAGGACGCAUGCACAGGACCUGCUACUACAUAGGAACAGAUAACUAUGUGGAGGAUGACCCGGUGCCAUGUGCGUUCGCUGGUCACGGCCGUCAAUGUACCGUUAACGGCUCAGAGUGCCGCGGGCGUUGGGAAGGUCCCAACGGAGGAAUCACCAACUUCGACAACUUCUUCUUCGCCAUGCUGACGGUGUUCCAGUGCAUCACCAUGGAGGGCUGGACCGACGUUCUCUACUGGAUGAAUGACGCUAUAGGAUUCGAGCUACCUUGGGUUUAUUUCGUCAGUUUGGUGAUUUUCGGCUCGUUCUUCGUUCUCAAUCUGGUUCUGGGAGUCCUCAGCGGAGAGUUCAGUAAGGAGAGGGAGAAGGCGAAGGCUCGGGGAGAUUUCCAGAAGCUGCGGGAGAAGCAGCAGAUGGAGGAAGAUCUGUGUGGAUACAUGGACUGGAUCACUCAGGCUGAGGACAUGGACGAACUAGACGAGGACGGAAACCCACGUCCGUCUCUGGGUGAUCUGUCAGAUAAGAAGAGAGGGAAGUUUGGAUGGUUCAGUCACUCCAACGAAACACACGCGAGUCUUCCUGCGAGUGAAACGGCGUCUGAGAACACCGAGAACAUCGACGAGGAACACACCAACUGCUGCCAGGCCUGCUGCGCUCGAAUGAUGAAGAUCAGCUGCUGUCGGACGUUGCGGCGGUGGAACCGAGUGUGUCGCAGGAACUGUCGCACCGCCGUCAAAUCGGUGACGUUCUAUUGGCUCGUUCUGCUGCUCGUCUUCCUCAACACCUCCCUCAGCGCCUCCGAGCACUACAACCAACCUAACUGGCUGACGCAAGUCCAAGACAUAGCCAACAAGGUGCUGCUGUCUCUGUUCACCGUGGAGAUGUUGCUGAAGAUGUACAGUCUGGGUCUGGCUCAUUACUUCGUGGCGUUCUUUAACCGUUUCGACUGCUUCGUGGUGUGUGGCGGCAUCAUGGAGACCAUCCUGGUGGAGCUGGAGAUCAUGCCUCCUCUGGGGAUCUCGGUGCUGCGCUGCGUCCGUCUGCUGCGCAUCUUCAAGGUCACACGCCAUUGGACGGCGCUGUCCAACCUGGUGGCGUCCCUGCUGAACUCCAUGAAGUCCAUCGCCUCCCUGCUGCUGCUCCUCUUCCUCUUCCUCAUCAUCUUCGCUCUGCUCGGCAUGCAGCUGUUCGGCGGAAAGUUCAACUUCGACGAGACGCAGACCAAACGCAGCACCUUCGACGCUUUCCCGCAGGCGCUGCUCACCUGCUUCCAGAUCCUGACAGGUGAGGACUGGAACGUGGUGAUGUAUGACGGCAUCAUGGCGUACGGCGGCCCCGUGUUUCCAGGGAUGAUCGUCUGCGUUUACUUCGUCAUCCUUUUCAUCUGCGGCAACUAUAUCCUGCUAAAUGUCUUCUUGGCCAUCGCUGUGGACAACUUGGCUGGAGGAGACGGAGACGACAACAAGAAAGAUAAGAAGGAGGAGGGAGCGGAGGAGGGGGAGGCAACCAGAGAGGAAGAAGUGAAGGUCAACAUCGACGAAGACACCGAGUAUGAGGAAGAGGAGAUCGCUGAGGGAGACGAAGACGGAGGAGACGAGUUAAAGAUGGCCGAUCUCGCUCCUCCUAAAGAGAAGAUUCUUCCCAUCCCAGAAGGCAGUGCGUUCUUCUGCCUCAGCAAGACAAACCCUAUCCGUGUUGGCUGUCACACUCUGAUCCACCACCACAUCUUCACCAACCUCAUUCUCGUCUUCAUCAUCCUCAGCAGCUGCUCAUUGGCCGCUGAGGAUCCGAUCAGAGCCCACUCCUUCAGGAACAACAUUCUGGGUUAUGCAGAUUACGCCUUCACCUCCAUCUUCACCGUGGAGAUCCUGUUGAAGAUGACCGUCCACGGAGCGUUCCUCCAUCAGGGCUCCUUCUGCAGAAACUGGUUUAACUUGUUGGAUCUGCUGGUCGUCAGCGUCUCACUGGUCUCCUUCUUCCUGCACUCCAGCGCGAUCUCUGUAGUGAAGAUCCUCCGAGUCCUUAGGGUGCUCAGACCUCUGAGAGCCAUCAACAGAGCCAAAGGACUCAAGCAUGUGGUCCAGUGUGUGUUUGUGGCCAUCAGGACCAUCGGAAACAUCAUGAUCGUCACAACUCUGCUGCAGUUCAUGUUCGCCUGCAUCGGAGUCCAGCUGUUCAAGGGUAAAUUUUAUCGCUGCACUGACGAAGCCAAACACACUCCUGAACAGUGCAAAGGGACCUUUGUGGUGUAUAAAGACGGAGACGUGAACCAACCAAUGGUGAGAGAGAGACUCUGGCAGAACAGCGACUUCAACUUUGAUAACGUGUUGAUGGGGAUGAUGGCGCUCUUCACCGUGUCCACGUUCGAAGGCUGGCCGGCUCUGCUGUAUAAGGCCAUCGACGCUAACGGGGAGAACUCUGGUCCCAUCUACAACUACCGAGUGGAGAUCUCCAUCUUCUUCAUCGUCUACAUCAUCAUCAUCGCCUUCUUCAUGAUGAACAUCUUUGUGGGUUUUGUCAUCAUCACCUUCAGAGAACAGGGAGAGCAAGAGUACAAGAACUGCGAGCUGGACAAGAACCAGCGUCAGUGUGUAGAAUAUGCUCUGAAAGCUCAGCCGCUGAAACUUUACAUCCCAAAGAAUCCGGUUCAGUAUAAAUUCUGGUCCAUCAUCAACUCGACCGGCUUCGAAUACGUCAUGUUCGUCCUCAUCCUGCUCAACACCGUCACGCUGGCUAUUCAGCACUACGAGCAGUCGAAAGACUUCAGCUACGUCAUGGACAUCCUCAACAUGGUGUUCACUGGACUCUUCACUGUGGAGAUGGUGCUGAAGCUGCUCGCUCUCCGACUCAGACAUUAUUUCAUAGACGCCUGGAACUCGUUCGAUGCUCUGAUCGUGGUCGGCAGCGUGGUCGACAUCGUGGUCACUGAGUUCAGUAGCGGAGAGGACAGCUCUCGAGUGUCCAUCACCUUCUUCCGUCUGUUUCGAGUGAUGCGAUUGGUCAAGCUGCUGAGCAAAGGGGAGGGGAUUCGUACGCUGCUGUGGACGUUCAUCAAAUCGCUGCAGGCUCUGCCUUACGUCGCUCUGCUCAUCGCCAUGAUCUUCUUCAUCUACGCCGUCAUCGGCAUGCAGACGUUCGGGAAGGUAGCGAUGCAGUCUCACACUCAGAUCAACAGGAACAACAACUUCCAGACUUUUCCUCAGGCCGUUCUCCUCCUCUUCAGGUGUGCUACAGGUGAGGCGUGGCAGGAGAUCAUGUUGGCCAGUCUGCCGGGGAAACGCUGUGAUCCCGAGUCAGACUACGAACCAGGAGAAGAGUUCACCUGCGGCAGCAACUUCGCCAUCGUUUAUUUCAUCAGCUUCUUCAUGCUGUGUGCUUUCCUGAUCAUCAACUUGUUCGUCGCCGUCAUCAUGGACAACUUUGACUAUCUGACACGUGAUUGGUCGAUUCUUGGGCCGCAUCACCUGGACGAGUUCAAGAGGAUCUGGUCUGAAUACGAUCCAGAAGCCAAGGGUCGUAUUAAACACCUGGACGUUGUCGCUCUGCUCAGGAGGAUUCAGCCUCCUCUGGGUUUUGGGAAGCUCUGUCCUCACAGAGUAGCCUGUAAGCGUCUGGUAGCGAUGAACAUGCCUCUGAACGCUGACGGGAUGGUGACGUAUAACGCGACGCUCUUUGCUCUGGUUCGCACGGCGCUGAAGAUCAAGACUGAAGGUAACCCGGAUCAGGAGAACGAGGAGCUGAGGGGGAUCAUCAAGAAGAUCUGGAAGAGAAUGAAACCAAAACUGCUAGACGAGGUCAUACCACCACAUGAAGAGGAAGAAGUGACAGUUGGGAAGUUUUACGCCACCUUCCUGAUCCAGGAUUACUUCAGGAAGUUCAGAAAGAGGAAGGAGAAGGGAGAUCUAGAGGGAGAAGCCGACACCACCAACCCGUCUGCCAUACAGCUGUGUAAAGCCGGUCUGAAGACUCUGCAGGAUCUGGGUCCAGAGAUGCGUCUGGCUCUGAAUGAGGACCUGGAGGAGGAAGAGGAGGAGGAGGUGAUGAUGGAGGAUGAAGAGAUGGAGGAGAACGGUGGAUAUAAGGGUGAAAAUGGUUUUGGACCAGAAAAAGAUCGACGAGGCUCCACACUGACCUCUCCCACAGGGCCUGGUGGCGUUGUAGGUGAUGGUGGUGUGUCUAAUGGUGGUCUGAUCCACCGGGUUGGUUCGCUCACCAAGAUGCCAAACGGCAGCGAGCACGACGAACACAUCCGCCGCGGAGAAAACAUGAGGUCAUCUGUCAAUCAUCACCAUCACCGACGGGCCUCAGUGAAGAACAGCGUGCUGGACCACGUCCACAAGAGGCCGUCCUACUACAAACAUGGAAGGAGAGACUCGAGGGAAAGGUACUGGAGGAACGAAGACAUGGAGGCGUACGGAGAGCAGGGUUACUACAGCAGAGAAGAAGACAAUGACAGCAUCACCUCCAGAGACAGGCAUUAUCCUGACGAGCUUCCUCUGUACAGAGACCACUACAAUGGCCACGCCUCCUACACCAACAGUAACUAUGGUAACGGCUACAACGAGGGCAGAAGGACGACCCGGAGACGCCUGCUUCCUGCCACGCCCACAGGUCGGAAGCCUUCAUUUAACAUCCAGUGUCUGAGACGUCAGGGCAGCAGCGACGACCUGCCGAUCCCCGGAACGUACCACCCCACCUCCCCUCCACGCCGCACACGCACACAGCAGCAGACGUAUGGCAGUUAUGAGUCUCGUCUCUCAUCCGGUCGCUCAUCUGCGGCCUCCUCGGCGUCCUGGGCGAAUCCUUGUCCUCGCCGCGGUCGCCUACUUUAUGCUCCUCUCAUCCUGGUGGAGGAGGAAGGCAGCCCUUCAUGGGGAAGAGGGGGAGGAGGAGGAGGAGGAGGAGGUGGAGUAGGAGGAGGAGCAGGAGGAGAGGGCAAGAAGGGAGUAGCAGGACGAGGUGUCAGUGUGACCGGUGCAGCGCCCAGACCGGCCUGGUACGGUGGCCCUGCAGGGACAUCAGCUCCUCCUCCGUACAGAGCAUACACCACCCUCAGAGUUCCCUCUCAGCUCGGCGCUCAGUUCACAGAGAAACGAGGAUCAGCUGACAGUCUGGUGGAGGCGGUUCUGAUCUCUGAGGGUCUCGGCCUUUACGCACGGGAUCCGAAGUUUGUGGCGUUUGCGAAGCGGGAGAUCGCCGACGCGUGUCACAUGACGGUGGAUGAGAUGGAGUCGGCCGCCAACGACCUGCUCGGCUCCGGGAGCCACACUUUCCUCGGCAACGCCGGCGCCGACCCCGCCGCGCUCUACAGCGACGAGGAGCCGAUCAGGACGGGCCGCGACGAGGACGAGCUGGCGGACGAGAUGACCUGCGUGACAUCGUUCUGACGGGCUGACGCUCUGGACCAAUCAAUGAUAAGAGAGAGAGAGAGGACCUGAGAGAGGCGGGGCAUCAGUGAUUGACAGGACAUUUGACCAAUCAGCUGACAAGACAGAGAAGCGUUGGAGUUACUCAAAGUUUAAGAUUUUUGACCAAUAGGAGGAAACAGAGAGAGUAAAGGUUAAAGGUCACUGUUGAUGUAAAUGUUGUCAUUUUAUGGACAGAAUUUAAAUGA